AUUUCCUCUGAAGGAUUCGAAGCGUCUGAUUCAGUGGCUAAAAGCUGUUCAGAGAGACAACUGGACUCCCACCAAAUACUCAUUUCUUUGCAGCGAGCAUUUCACCAAAGACAGUUUUUCUAAGAGAUUGGAAGACCAGCACCGUUUACUGAAACCCACUGCUGUCCCUACUAUCUUUCACCUUGCCGAGAAGAAGCAUGACAACCUGGAUUAUGUCAGAAGCAGAAGAAAAAUAGGAAGCCAGGUGCCACUGCAGGAUGGGGAAGACCCAAGGGAAGGAGGCUGUGAGGUAGUUCAGAGGACCUUGUCUUCUGGGCAGGACUUCAUGGUGAUGCAAGGGACGAAAGAGAUGGAGGAGGUGACUUUGCAGGCAGAAAUCAGAUCGAUGUCUGAAGAGGAAGAGAACCUCCACAGCCAGGUGGACAGCCCUCAGAGAAGGACGUUAGGUGAUAAUCUGGUUUCAAAGCCUGGACCUCAGAAAAAGCCUGAGAGAUCUUCUGUGGAGGACUAUCCUAAAGCCACCUGGACGGGAGGCUGGGUAGCAGACAGAAGUGGUGUGUCAGUUGAUGACUUCACACCUCCUGCCUCUGGUGCUUGCAAGUUCAUCGGCUCCCUUCAUUCUUACAGCUUUUCCUCUAAGCAUGCCAGAGAGAGGCCGUCUUUCCCAAAAGAGCAGCUAGAAAGGAAAAGGCCAAAGAGAGACAUGGAACCAAGCUGCAGCAGCCAUCUUAUGGGACACAAGGCCGUAGUGGAAGGCUCCCCUACUUCGUCCCUCACUGUGACCCCUCAGAAACCUUCCCAGGGUUUGUCGGCAUCCCCAGCAGACCUUACCCCUCAGCCAGCUGCUGAGGCGGUGGUGGGACAGAAGGGUGACACAGAUGCCAACCCUAUGUCAAUCAACGAGGUCAUCAUGUCGGCCUCAGGAGCUUGCAAGCUCAUCGACUCCCUCCAUUCAUACUGUUUCUCCUCCAGGCAGAGCAAAAGUCAGGUGUGCUGCUUGCGUGAACAGGUAGAAAAGAAGAAUGGAGAGUUGAAACUUUUGAGGCAAAGGAUCAGUCGCUCUGACAGUCAAGUCAGGAAGCUGAAGGAGAAGCUAGAUGAGCUGAAGAGGAUCAGUUUCCCUUACUUGAACAGCCUGCUAUCCCAGGACUGUGAGACUCCCCAGCUGAAUCCUGUGAUGGAGCCCUUGUCCUGGAUGCUGGGCACCUGGCUCUCAGACCCGCCAGGAGAUGGCAGCUUCCCUACAAUGAAGCCCUUUCAGUACCUGGAAGAAGUGCACAUCUCUCAUGUGGGGCAGCCCAUGCUCAAUUUCUC